AAAUUAAAAAUGUAGUCAUAAUCACUGACGACAAAGAAAAGUUAACGGCAACUUCCGAAUGCUAAAUGGACUGGUGCUUGGUAUCAGGCAGGCAUAUUGUCAUCUGGAUUAAAAAGAUGCUUCUUUUUUCGUAUUCGGUAUUCUCUCAUUCAAGAACAUCAUUGUCAGAUUAGCUAGGGAAUACAUUGUUAAAUCAAUGAUAUAUUAUAAUUGAACUCUCUCCUGAACAUGAAGCUUUGAAAGACUAGACUAUUCAACGAAACGCAUAUCAUUUUCAGAGUGAUUCGCGGAAUUACCAGGAUAACCUCCAAAUCUGUGGAAUUAAGGAUAUACCUGGCAAGAUCCUAGUGUAAUCGAUCGACGCUUAUUCUGACAAUGGGAUUAAUGAGAGAACAGUUUACUUUCACAUUGUUAUUCAUAUUAUUUGCUAUUGGAUGUAUCACGCAUAAUGUAAACGGUGUUUGCUACAGACCAGUUUUCACCAACCCCUACGCAAUCGCAGUAGAACCCGACAAAGAUGUAUAUGCGGAUUUCGACCGAGUUGAGCUCGGCUGCGAGGAAGGACACACGCCAUAUGGUCUCCCUGACAACGUAUAUUGCUCUUCCAGAACUGGCUGGGACCCAGACCCUUCGACGGGUCUAUGCUUUGCUCAAUGCAACAUCACUCAGCUAAUCGAAGACGAUGAUAUCAAGGCUAUUGAUGACAAUAACAAGCAGCAAACGAUUUUCAAUCACGGAGAAAUAGCUUACUUCGAAUGUACUGACAAAGGCCAAUUCGCAGGAUCAGAUCAAGGAACGUGUGACAACGGCACCAUAAUUGUGAUUACCAGUGAUCCAACAUGCUUAGUUUACUGUCCAGUGCUUGUUGAUGAAGAUGGCAUGAUUGGCGACGGGCUGUACUACGAAACUGUCGACGCACCAGUUAUCAAUGAGACCUCUAUUAUCUACUAUAGGGACGAUGACGAAAUUACUUAUAAGUGCCUAGAUGGGUACGUCGGCCCACAAAACUGCUCAACUUCUGACUGCAGGAGUACAUGUGAAGAUGGAUCGUGGAUUCCCGAUCCACCUGAUAUCCCGGUAUGCGCCGAUGCGUCCACAACCACUUCAGAUGCGUCCACUGCUGCCUCAGAUCCGAUCGUUAUCACUUCAGACACAACAACAUUCAGGCACAUCGCAACCACUGCCACUUCACUUAUCCCCACAGCCCAAGACACAACAGUCUCUCCUACAACAGUUUCAGAGACGACUACUUUCACAACAGCGUUACCUGAGACGACAGAGAUCGACCCUGAUCCUACGACAACACCCGAAGCAAAGGAGCCGACUUCAUUGCCAACAACUAAACAUAAUACACCCCUGGGAACAGAGGAACCGGGUUCUACGCCAUUGCCGUGUGGAGGGGAAUGCGAGGCUUCUGAGGUGUGUAACGGAGAGAACAUUUGCGAAUGCAGGCCAGAUUUUUACCCGGAUGAAGACGAUAUAUGCAGAGUAUCCUUGAGCUUCGACGUCAACAUAACAAUCACGGAAAUAAAUGGUGCUGAGGCAAAUUACACGGAAGACUUAAAUAAUGACACAACAAAAGAAUUCAAGCAGCUUGAAGAGGGUGUAUGCCAACCGAUUAACGAAGUAUACGGCAACGAUACGGAGUAUGUUGGAUGUCAAGUACUUGAAUUCAGUGAAGGCAGCAUCAAAGUCAACUACAUUUUAAAUUUUGUUGAAAACUCAACGCAGAAUAGCACAACCGUCGAUCAAACAAUACAGGAUGAACUCUCUAAAUCCGAUGGUGCAUUCACUGGGAAUUUCACAUUCGAUUCGUCAUCACUUGCCGUUGAACGUAUCUCUUUGCAGUCAUAUCAACAGCUCGCAAAUACAUCAAAGAGCUUUGCCUGGAACUGUAUUAAAUGUGGUUCUACCAAUGUUGCAGUAAACACAUCACUGGAUACAUCUGAACUCUCCAAUGAAAAUGUCUUCUCUACGUUGCAGGAUCUUGAUGAAGAUUUAGCUGAUGCUACACGCCUAUAG